CUUCAUGGAUCCUCCAUUAGUUUUCUCAGUGUGCUCCCAGAACAAAAUGUUGGGUCAGGUCCUGAUUUGCAGACACCCUGGGGAAUCUUUCCCCAAUCUUCCCCCCACCCAAGAAAACCCUCAAGAAUACAGGUAGGAGGCAGGCGCAUCUUCAAAGGUUGGAGGCCCGAAAGAGGCAGAUACAUCUUCAUGGGGGCAGGUAGAAUGGCUAGAAACAAAAAUAAAAUCCAUUCUGUGUGGUACUGAGGGACGGAUGCUCUUGAGGCCAAUGAAGUGCUGCAGGUACGGUGGGUAUUUGCCAGCUUGGCGCCCCGGCAAAGAGGCUUUAGCAUGAACCCCAGUUACACCCCAUGUUCCCCAAUGCUGAAGGUUGCGCCGUGCGAUUUUGAAAGUGAUGCUCAGUCUCUGCUCUGACAUCCACCAGGGAGGUGUUAAGAGACUGUCCGGGUGGCGAAGGCUGCGGAAUUGGUUUUCCAAGAAGAGGAAUUGGUUUUCCAAGAAGAGGAAUUGGUUUGCCAAGAAGACGUCCAAAGUGUCUAUAGCCAGCCAGCAACCAGAUGUGGGCGCCCUGGAAAACCAGGCCGUAGAGGACGCCUGCAGGGAUGCAGGCAGCCCAAAGAUGGAGCAGAAUGGUGUCCUCCUGGAUCCAGCAGAUUAUCCAGGGCACUGCGCUUUCCUCGGCAGCCUUCUUGCAGUGCCCAACAACUGGAUGGAAAUAACAGCUGAUUUCCUGAGCGACGCUUUCAGGAAGGUUUUAGCAGAAAUGCAGUGCCUGGACAGUUACGUGUCCCUGGCCAUUGAGGACUACCUGAUCCAUUACCUAAGCCGGCACCGGGGAGAGCUCCGCGGUGCAGGUUCUUUCCCAAAUGCUGCCGUUUUCCUGGCCUGCAGCAUCACCAAAAAGGUCAUCACAAAACUAUGCCACGCCUCCGAAAGGAUCGAUUCUGACUCCCUCCCCGAGCGGGACAGCAGAGGAGUCGAAAUAAUGCACGAGGACUCCCCAAACCAAGAAACCCGCAUUUAUGAUGUCUUCAGAGCGUGGGGCCCCGUGGCCUAUGAAGGAGCAUUGGUGACAGCCUCUGAAGUGGUGGAGGUCAUAGAGGAAGUGCUCGAGGAGUUUUCAGCUUUCCUCGAGCACAGGAUACCUGUCAGCUCAGACCUGUCUUUCGGGGACUGUAGGCGGAACCAGCCAGAGCCACGCAGGUCCCCUCCCCACUACUCACGGCGUCCGUUCCCCUUCCAGGAGGUCAGGGUGCCCAUCUACACUCUUGAGGCCCACGCGGAAAAAGUGGCCAUCGCACUCCUGCAAAUGAUGAAGCGGUCAUUCGACCAGAUGAUGACAUCUGCUGCCAUCCGGCAAAGCCUAUUCUUUGAAAGCCAACUGAUAGAUCUGAUUCUAGCAAACUUCCGACCCUUCGAAGACCUUUGGGACAUGCUGCGGCAGAUACAGCCAAGCCCUCCUUCUGCUGCAGCAGACAUCGGAGAGUGGCAGGGGACACCUCCCGGGGAAGAUGGGCCAAGGGCGUUCAGUGCGCAGGGGAGUGAAGACGCGGCAGCAGCAGGAGAAACAUCACCCAGUGAGCCAGCUCCUCCCCUCGGGGACGUGGAUGGACGUGCUGCUCCCACGCCUCUGGAGGAAAUUCUUCUCUACUCUACCCCCAGCGUCAGUCUCGACGAGACAUCUUCAGUUAUCAGCAUGUCACCUACUCUUGACUCCGAAGAUGAUUGUCUUCCUUGUGCUGGUUGCAGUCCGGAACAACAAACCUGAACCUGAACCAGGGAGUCAGAAUCGUUCCUUUUGGAGGCAUGACAUCUUUUAGAAACUAGCUUUUUGGUGAUGCUGCCAGGCAGAGUGGAAAGAAGUGACACUAACUAGUCCUAGCAGCCUAGGAAAUGUGGCGGGUCAGCUGCAAGCCUGCCAUCAUCCAGAAACCAUGGCUCAGAGGGCUGAUGAUGGCCCUGGACCGGUAGAAACAAAGAUGGCAAAACCCUGUGGAUGCAGCCAUGACCCCGAUGCCAACAACUUCCUGCCCACACAGCACACAGGCAGGGAGCCAAGGUCACCAGCUUCCUCCCAGGGGGACUGAUGGGGCUAACAGCAAGACGAGGGCUUGAUCCAAGAGCGGAUCUCCUAGCAAUGCCGGAAAGGCUAGAGAGAGAAGAGGAGGAGGAAGAGGAGGGGGAUUGACGUGCCAGCCCAAGCCUCUCCCCACCAAGGCCGCUUCCUCGUCAUCCCCUCUCCAAUAGCUGACUUCAUCAACCGAGACAAAGAUAGCUAAACCUGGUUGUUGUGCAGCUGCCUAUCCCCGUACACCUGUCCUUCAGGAAAGCAUCCGCCAAGUCAGGAAGGGGCUGAGUAACAUCAUUGUUGGGCAAAGUAAGAACAGGAAUCUCAGUCACGGGCAAAUUCCUGCCUUCCACUCCCCUAGCCCGUUCAUGGAUAGCGGCCAGAUCUGCGCACAUGUGACAAGGAAGGCCACGCCGGCCUGGCUCUUCUUCCCAGGCUGCUGGGACCCAUCGUAGAGCUUUGUUAUAAGAACUUGUAUCUGCCAGAAUAACUGAGGCGUGCUUUUCAUACUGGCCACUCCGCGGUGGUCAAAGCAAGGCGAGGUGUGAUCACUCAUUCAAUGGUUGGAUCGUUUCUCAAGUUCAAAAACAGGCACACCUUUUCCAUGGAGCCCUGGAGCUGUUCUCUUCAGAAGAAAUAGGGCCACUUUGGAUCAUCAAAAAAAGUGACAGGUGCCCUGCCCCCAUUUAGGGCCUAAGGUAGGUAGGCAGGUUUCUUGUUUGUGGCCAAAGGCCCUUACAAUCCAUACACAUUUAGGGUGUUUAAAGCCUAUGACCCACCCCUAGCCCCUGGAAGCACUACCCCACAUAACACGAACCGACCUCUGCAACACAGCUCCCUUCCCACUGCACCAUGGUUCUGCACCAUGGCUCCCUUCCCUCUGCACCAUGGUUCUGCACCACAGCUCCCUUCCCGCUGCACCAUGGUUCUGCACCACGGAUCCCUUCCCUUUGCACCAUGGCUCCCUUCCCGCUGCACCACGGUUCUGCACCUUGGUUCCCUUCCCACUGCACCAUGGUUCUGCACCAUGGCUCCCUUCCCACUGCACCAUGGCUCCCUUCCCACUGCACCAUGGUUCUGCACCACAGCUCCCUUCUUACCGGACCAAGGCUCCCUUCGCUCUGCACCAUGGUUCUGCACCACGGCUCCCUUCUUACCGGACCAGGGCUCCCUUCCCUCUGCACCAUGGUUCUGCACCAAGGCUUCCUUCCUGCUACCCCACGGCUCCCUACCACGGCUCCCCUCUGCAAAACGGCUCCCUUCCCAUUUCUCCAAAAUCGGCUUCACUCGCUCAGGAAGUGGAGAAAUGCAGACUAGAAAGGGUAUCCAAAAACAGCCAGAAGAGGAUUUGUUGUAUGAGGAAGACGGCAGGGG